AUGGAAGGUGGGGCGAAGGUGCCGCCACCCAGGAUUGGCGACAGCAGCCCUGGGGAGAUGCGCUCUGAGUCUGCGGGGUCGUCCCAGCCGUCUUGCCAGACCGCCUACCACGGUGCAGGGGCCCAGGACCAGGUGCGGUCCCCAAUUUUCAUCGCCCAAGUUGGCCGGGACCUGGUCUCCCAGACGGAGGAGAAGCUCCUUCAGAAACCCUGCAAAGAACUCUUUUCUGCCUGUGUGCAGUCUGUCCACGACUACCUGAGGGGAGAACCCUUCCACGAGUACCUGGACGGCAUGUAUUUUGAUCGGUUUCUCCAGUGGAAGUGGUUGGAAAGGCAACCGGUAACCAAAAACACUUUCAGGCAGUACCGAGUACUAGGAAAGGGGGGCUUUGGGGAGGUCUGUGCCUGCCAGGUUCGGGCCACGGGUAAAAUGUAUGCCUGCAAGCGCUUGGAGAAGAAGAGGAUCAAAAAGAGGAAAGGGGAGUCCAUGGCACUGAAUGAGAAGCAGAUCCUAGAGAAGGUCAACAGUCAGUUUGUGGUCAACCUGGCCUAUGCCUACGAGACCAAGGAUGCGCUGUGCUUGGUCCUGACCAUCAUGAACGGGGGGGACCUGAAGUUCCACAUCUACAACAUGGGGAACCCCGGCUUCGAGGAGGAGCGUGCCCUGUUCUAUGCGGCAGAGAUCCUGUGCGGCCUGGAAGACCUCCACCGUGAGAACAUCGUCUACAGAGAUCUGAAACCUGAAAAUAUCCUGUUAGACGAUUACGGCCACAUUAGGAUCUCGGACCUGGGCCUAGCCGUGAAGAUCCCGGAGGGAGACCUGAUCCGCGGCCGGGUGGGCACUGUCGGCUACAUGGCUCCAGAGGUCCUGAACAACCAGAGGUACGGCCUGAGCCCCGACUACUGGGGUCUGGGCUGCCUCAUCUAUGAGAUGAUCGAGGGCCAGUCGCCCUUCCGCGGCCGCAAGGAGAAGGUGAAGAGGGAGGAGGUGGACCGCCGGGUCCUGGAGACCGAGGAGGUAUAUUCGCACAAGUUCUCCGAGGAGGCCAAGUCCAUCUGCAAAAUGGUGAGCUCCCGGUGA